AUGUCUUCUCUGGUUGAAGUCAAAUCCGAAAGUACCUUCCAGAAUAAGGACAUUCCUGACCUCCAGGUUUCCUCAGACAAUGAAUCCAAUGUCGCUGUGGUCAACAUAGAUCAGAACAAGAAGCAGAUUGGCGUGGUGUCUGCCAUCUUUUUGUGCACAAAUAGAAUUGUUGGUGCUGGUGUCUUCUCUACUGCCAGUACAAUUCUUAACCUUUCAGGUUCUGUGGGUACUUCGAUGGUCAUGUGGGCUGUCGGAUCUAUUAUCGCUUUUACCGGUCUUCUUACUUAUAUGGAGUUGGGUUCUGCCAUUCCAAGAAACGGUGGUGAAAAGAACUAUUUGGAAUACAUCUACCAAAAGCCAAAGUUUUUCGUCACAGCCAUGUAUGCAUCUUACGUUUUCUUUUUGGGUUGGGCUGCUGGUAACUCGAUUGUGACUGGUGAAUUUCUCUUGAACGCUGCCGGCAAAGAAAUCACCAAGUGGAACUCAAGAGGUAUUGGUGUGGCAGUCAUCACUUUUGCCUUUUUAAUUAACUCCUUGCAUGUGAAGUCCGGUUUGCUUUUAGCAAAUGCGUUGGGUGUCUUUAAAGUGGGUGUCAUUGUCUUCAUUAGUGUCACUGGCUGGGUCGCUUUAGGCGGAGGUAUCAAGAGCAAAAACUACUCAGACCCACACAACUUCACUGACUCUUUCAAAGGCACCACUCCAACCGGCUAUGGUAUUGUUAAUGCCUUGUACAAUGUCAUUUGGUCGUAUGUUGGUUACUCCAAUGCUAACUACGCCUUGGGUGAAAUCAAGAACCCCGUGAGAGUUUUGCGAAUUGCUGCUCCUAGUGCUUUGUGUAUCAUCGCCAUUCUCUAUAUUUUUGUGAAUGUUGCAUACUAUGCGGUUAUCCCAGCAGACGAGAUCAGAAAGUCCGAAAGAAUCGUGGUUGCUUUGUUCUUCAAGCAUGCUUUUGGUAACAAGGCCGAGAAGGCUGCCUCCGUCAUUGUUGCAUUGUCAACUUUGGGUAAUGUCUUAUCCGUUAUCUUCUCCCAAGGAAGAAUCAUUCAGCAAUUGGGCCGUGAAGGAAGUUUGCCAUUUUCCAAGUUCUUUGCUUCCCAAAGACCAUUCAAUUCUCCUUUCGUUGGAUUGUUCCAGCACUGGAUUGUUUGUAUUGUCACCAUUCUUGCUCCACCUCCAGGUGACGCAUACAACUUUGUUUUGAACUUGAUUUCUUAUCCAUUGAAUGUUGUCAAUACCUUUGUUGCGCUUGGCUUGUUGUACCUUAAGUACGAAACUUAUAAAGGAAGACGCCAAUGGAAAGCGCCUAUUACUGCUCCAUGGCCUGUGGUAGCAUUUUUCUUCCUUUGCUCCAUUUACUUGGUGGUUGCUCCUUACAUCCCUCCUUCUCACGGCCAGUCGGUUUACAAAAGCUUGCCAUACUACAUCCACUGUGUUGUCACGUGGGGUGUUUUUGCUAUUGGCGCUAUUUACUGGCUUUGUUGGACAAGAAUCAUGCCUCGUAUUGGCCAUUACACUUUGAUUUCAAAGGAAGUUCUCGGCUCCGACGGUUUCUGGAGAAAUAAGUUCUUUAAAGUUCCUCAUGGUGUGGAUCCUGACAGACAUACUGAGGAGAUUCUUAAUGAGGAAGCUCUCAAGGAGUAG